GGAGCUGCCUCUGAGACACCGCCGCGGGCGCGGGUACACACUCCGCUAAGGGCAUUCCCAACCCGGUUCCGCAGCCUAACGGCGUGGCUUGGACCCUGCUGCAGCCCGUAGCCCCUAUCCUUUCUCCUCCGGACUUCAGUUUGGCGGCAUCUCUGUCUUAGCGAGAGGGGCUGUGACUAAAAGCUGCCUUUCUCAAUGAACUGCCAGUUUGUAAGAGCCUCCGGGUCCCCUCAAACCGCCUCGAGCGCCCCUCUCCGCGAGAGCUGCGCGGCCGGAACUGCGCCGGCGUGACGUCACUGACCUCGUCGGGUUCACUUCCGGCGCUCGCACCGCCCCGCUCUCCAGCCAAGGCUCCGGGCUCAGGCAUUUGCUUGGCUGCAGCCUCCUUCCGACCUGCCCGGCGGCAGCCUCCUUCCGACCUGCCCGGCGGGACCCAGGGGACCAAGCCGAGCCGAGCCGCGGGGCCCGCUCCGGCCCGGCCAUGAGCGCGGCCGCAUGAUGCGUCCCUGCCUCGGCCGCUGCAGUCGCCGCCGCCGCCGCCGCAGGCCGGGAGGAGCCGCAGCGCCGGGCGACCCCGCCCGGGCCUCGGAGAAUGGUAUUAAAAACCAAGAUCUGUGGUGGCUCACACCUAUAAUCCCAGCACUUUGGCCGACCUGGGAAGAUCGCUUGAGCCCAGGAAUUCAAGACCAGCCUGGGCAACUAGCAAGAUCCCAUCUUGAAUAUUAAACAACAACAACAACAAACCAAGAUCUGGGAAUUAGGUGUGCUGGUGGCUGUUGGUGUGUUGCUUCUAGGCCGUCUCAGCUGACAGAGCAAAUCCGAUCACAUAGGACAGUAUGCACCUUAAGAUCCUGAAGAAACGGCACAAAAUGUUCAAGUGAUGUUUAGAAAUAACUUGUGAGGGUGCGUCAGGGAAAUCAUGCAGCCAUCAGGACACAGGCUCCGGGACGUCGAGCAUCAUCCUCUCCUGGCUGAAAAUGACAACUAUGACUCUUCAUCGUCCUCCUCCUCCGAGGCUGACGUGGCUGACCGGGUCUGGUUCAUCCGUGACGGCUGCGGCAUGAUCUGUGCUGUCAUGACGUGGCUUCUGGUCGCCUAUGCAGACUUCGUGGUGACUUUCGUCAUGCUGCUGCCUUCCAAAGACUUCUGGUACUCUGUGGUCAACGGGGUCAUCUUUAACUGCUUGGCCGUGCUUGCCCUGUCGUCGCACCUGAGAACCAUGCUCACCGACCCUGGGGCAGUACCCAAAGGAAACGCUACGAAAGAAUACAUGGAGAGCUUGCAGCUGAAGCCCGGGGAAGUCAUCUACAAGUGCCCCAAGUGCUGCUGUAUUAAACCCGAGCGCGCCCACCACUGCAGUAUUUGCAAAAGAUGUAUUCGGAAAAUGGAUCAUCACUGCCCGUGGGUGAACAAUUGUGUAGGAGAAAAGAAUCAAAGAUUUUUUGUGCUCUUCACUAUGUAUAUAGCUCUGUCUUCAGUCCAUGCUCUGAUCCUUUGUGGAUUUCAGUUCAUCUCCUGUGUCCGAGGGCAGUGGACUGAAUGCAGUGAUUUUUCACCUCCGAUAACUGUAAUCCUGUUGAUCUUCCUGUGCCUUGAGGGUCUUCUGUUUUUCACUUUCACUGCAGUUAUGUUUGGCACCCAAAUCCACUCCAUAUGCAAUGACGAGACGGAGAUCGAGCGAUUGAAAAGUGAGAAGCCCACAUGGGAGCGGAGGCUGCGAUGGGAAGGGAUGAAGUCCGUCUUUGGGGGGCCCCCCUCACUCCUCUGGAUGAAUCCCUUUGUGGGCUUCCGAUUUAGGCGACUGCCCACGAGACCCAGAAAAGGCGGCCCGGAGUUCUCAGUGUGAGGCGUGGCUCAUCAGACUGAAACUUGCUCACAGACUUCCAGUUAUUUAUUUGGGGUCUGAAGGGUAUCAACAGCUCAUCUGUGACCAACAGGGCAACUGGAACCUACACAAACCAAUUGCUUGCAGCAAGCAGAGUUUUAUAUAUUUAUAGUCACAGAUGGCAGAGGAAGAGGCUCUUAGUCCCCACCUGUACAACAACGGAAAGGUGUGUGGCCACACGAAGAAGCCAAACGCCGUGGCCUCCUGCAGAGCUGGGGCUUCUGUGGAGAAUACUUUGGGUUAUUACAUGGGUUAUUCAAAUCCUGGGUCCUGAGCUGCUGUUUCCAAUCAUGAAGAAAAACAGUGAAUCCAGUGAACAGGGAUUCUCCAAGCAGUCAUUUCAGGGGGCUCCUGCUGACCCCGCCACUCAGCAGUGCACUCCCCGGAUCACAGCAGGGCGUUUACAUAGAAAGACGUUUUGGUCUCAAUUAGCUCCGAUGCUUUGCACUGAAGUUGCAAAAGAUCUGUGCACUGAACAGUGAAGGUGGCUUCCGGCACACUCCCCGCUGCCCCGGAAGAGACAUCCUUUGACCCUCUCAGCAAGUCUGUGUGUGUGCGUGUCUGUGCGUGUGUGCGCGUGUGUGCAUGUGUGUCAAAAUUGCCAGUAUUGUUUAGGCAGUGUAACAUUUACCGGCUGUGUACAGCAAACAAGCUAUUUUUUAGAAACCGACGUUUCAGGGAAGAGGGGAGAGAGCCGCGGGGUCCUGCCCGUGGUUACUAUGAAUGUAUUGCUGUUGGAGGACAUCUCGAUCCAAAGAACAGCCGUUCCUGUGCGGCCCUUCGUUGCCCUCGUGCUUUCAUUUUUUAAAGAAAUCUUGAGUGCUUGAGGGCCUUGGAACUGAUUUUUUUUUUUUUUUGUUCCAGCCAAAUUAGCAGUGUAUAAAUGGCACCUAGGUAAGAGCAGAGCUGCGGCUCGGUGACUUGAUACUUGAGGCAGCCCGAUGCUGUGUGUGGGGCAGGGGAGGCAUCCCUACUGGAGAGGCAGGGCCCAGCCCUUGGGCACCUCUGGGAAGGGGAGGGGACCGUGAGGCAGCCAGCCCCUGGCAGGGGCGACUGUGCCACUGCAGGCAGCGCUCCAGUUGGGAAUGGCCAGGAUGGCGCCCUCUUGUUGGAGUUUUUGGUUAGCUUUUACGUUUUCUUCUCCACCCACGGCACAGGUGAUAAAAUAGGAUCCUUGGUGCGGAGCUUAAAAUUAUGCCAGAAAGCCAACAGCUCCCCUCGUGGGGACUUGCCUUAAACUUGCCUGGUUUGUACAUUUUUUGCCGGACGCAUCAAGAAGCAAUCUGUGACAAAGUCUGAGGGUCUUCCUUUAUGCUUGCCCUCCACACUAAGAGAAGUUGGCGUCUCCCUCCUGGGAACUGUUUUGCCUUUCUGUUCAUCUGUGAACUGUUUUUUGUUUUUAAUUACUCUGUACCCCAUCCGAAUCAGGGCUUCUACCACUGCUGAUGCAAAACCACAAAGGGACCUACCUGAGCCACCGUCCUAGCCAAGCGAGCAAACCUGCAGGGGGUUUGGAAGUGGACUUGGUCACCGCAGAAGCGUGUGCGCCGUUGGGGGAAGAGCUGCGUCACAGCCAGAGGGACAAAGUGUGGGUGAUCCUGGAGACGCCAGUUUCCGAGAUUGUUUUGCAUAUUCAUUUGCACAUUGUUGUCUGGGUUGGACAUGCGUGUGGGCUUCAGUGUGAGGCUUUUAAUAUGUAUAUCCUGUUAUCAAUAAAACAAUUAUCCAAGUGGUUGAAUCCUGUGAGACUUGGCAAGUGUGUGCAAAUCAAGUAUACUUGACUUUUCAACCUCUUCUUUCAAUGUAACUUUUAUAUGAAAUAAAGUAAUCAAUUAACAGUUCUCAAA